GGAUUUGCUUUUGUAGGACAAUGUCCACGGGCUGUCCACGCUACACACACAGAGGCUCUUGUCGAUGUGUGUGUGUGUGUCGCGUGUGAAUGCGCGCAGAUGGACAGCUGUGCCCACGUGGCUCUGGUCGUGUGAGAGUCGUCGGAUGGGUACUUUUAUUUUUAAACUCUGAAGGAAAUUACAAAAAUAAACGCGGGCCGAACUCUCUAGUCCGCUCGUCUUUCAGCUGUUCGUGCUGCACAGCCAACAGCAGCAGCAGCUUCAGUAUCAGCAGCAGCAGGAGUAUCAUUCGCAGCGAUAUCAUUCAGCAGGGAGCAGUAAUUGCAGCAUUCAAGUAUUAACAUCGCCUGCGGGAGCAAUAUAAUCCUUAGUGGCAGCAAAGGCAGCCUCAUCAGGAUCAUCAGCAACAGCAGAAUCAGCAGUAUCAGCAGUAUCAUCAUCAGUAGCAGGAGCGGUAGCAUCAGUAGCAGUAUCAUCACAAUUGCAUUGCACGCAGCAGCAGGGGUUAGUAUUUUGAAGCCAGCAGCAGCAUGACAAAGUUUCCGUGAUCACCACACUGCAGUGCCACCCCGAGGCAAACCGAUUUGCCAACUUUCAUCAACAACCGAGUGGUGUGUAUACAAAGCGUGGGUGCCCCAUAGCCUGCAGCACGGCGUUACAACCGGACACAAAACCCGAUUGAUUCACUCACAACGACGCCUUCUUCAGCCACGCGUUAGCUAAUUGAAUGUCGAGCAACCUUUGAGAAGGAGGAGGAGGAAGAGGGAGCGGUGUGGCGUGGCACUUUUGCACAUUGUUCCCGCUGAGAUCGGGUCACGGAUCUUCAAGAAGAAGAAGACUCAAGUCGAACCACCCUCCGCAUCUCCUCCUCUUCUUCCGUGAAGGAGAUACCCUUUCUCCCUGCUGCUACCAGCCUGCUCCACCUUCUCCCGGACCAUGAGGUGACCCAGUUCGUAGGGUCUCGGACCCUGGGGGUGGCCGACUACAACCCCCGGAUCUCUGUACCCCAUCCUCAUCCCUCAUCCUCAUCCUUAACACACCCCGGGUGACCCCCUGUACCCUCCAGCCCGACAAGCCCCUUUGCUGGAGGCUUUAGCCUGGGACUCAACAAUGGAACGGUGGCGAGAUGGCUGCUGCUGGGAUGACACUUUGGUGCCACGCUCCGGCAGCAGCAGCAGCGGCAGCAGCAGCGGCUCCGACAUCGUCCAAUCGGAGCACCGGUCGCGCUCACGGCAGCGCGCGGGGAGCCGCAGCCAGCACCCCUGCUCCAGCCAAUCGGACGAGUCGCCGAGCCCCACGCCACCGGACGUGCCACGAGGAGGGCGGCGGUGCAGCGACGGCGCUGGCACCGGCGCGGAGCCGGGGGGAGAUGCCACCACCCCCUUCCUCGCCGAGCGUUGGGCUGAGAUGGCGGCGGCCGACGAGCACACCGACACGGUGCGCAGGCGGCACCGGCACCGCGGCGGGGACGACCACCACCAGCACCGCGAGCGGCAGCGGCGGCGGCACCGGCGUCGCCGCGGCAGCAGCGGCGGCGGCGACGACGAUGAUGGCGACGGCAGCGAUCGCGCCCGGGGAGAGGACGCCGGGAACGCGCGGCAGAGGCCGUCGAGUGGCAACCUCCUGCAGCUGCUGAGCGUCCUCGAAGGGGAGAUUCAGGCGCGGGACGAGGUGAUCGCGCUGCUGCGGGCGGAGAGCGUCUCGCCGGCCCGGCUCGAGGCUCGCUACGGCACGGCCGCCGGCGCCGGGGCGCUGCGCUCGCUGCAGAGGGACGCGGCGCUCGGAGACGGAGACCCGGAGACCCGGCGGCACCGCGACGACGACGACGUCUACGAGACGCCCAUGGCCGAGCUGGACCGCGUGAUCGCGCGUCAGCGGGAGACGCACGCGCGCGCCCUCCGGCAGCUGCUGCUGGCGCAGAGCAGCGAGCGGCGCUCGGCGCGGCAGCUGGAGGCCGAGAGGCACAAGCACGGGCAAUACAUGGCGCAGAGCGACGACUUCACCAACCUGCUGGAACUCGAGCGGGAGAGGCUGAAGCGGCUGCUGGACCAGGAGAAGGCAGUCUCGCCUGAGCGCGAGAAGCAGCAGGAGGCGGCUGCGGCCACCCUGCAGGACGAGCUGCGCAAGCUCAAGUCGUUCUCGCUGCUGCUCGUCGACGAGCGCCAGGCCCAGGAGGCGCGCCUCGAGCAGCAGGCCGAGCGGCUCGCCGAGCUGUCGGCGCGCCUAGGCGAAGAGCAGGCUCGUGCCGCGAGCCAGGCCGAGAGGGCGUCCGCCGAGGCCGAGGGCGCUCGCCGGAGCGCCGAGGAGGCGGAGGAGCGCGGCAGGGAGGCGGAGCGGGCCCGGCGGGAGGCCGAGGCCCUGGCGGCCGAAGCCGAGCGGCGGGCGUGCGAGCAGGAGCGGCUGCGCGCCGACGUCGAGCGGCUGGCGGUCGAGAGCGCCGAGCUGCGCGCCGCCAAGGCGGAGCUGGAGGAGGCCCUGCUCAGCGGCAGCCAGGAGAUGGAGGGCCUGCGCCGGCGGGCCGUCGAGCUGGAGUGGAAGGACGGCGAGGUCCGCGAGGCGGAGGAGCGCUCCGCCGAGCUCCGCGGCCGCCUGCUGGCCGAAGGGGGCCUCCUGGCCGAGCUGCGGGAAGAGCAGCGCCGGCUGAGGGCGCGGACCGCCGAGCUGGAGCGGACCGGCGCUUCGGAGCUCAAGCAGAGCCGGGAUGAGUGCCGGCUGCUGGCCGAGCGGCUCCACGCGGAGCAGGACGGCGCCCGGGCCCUGGCGGCCGAUGUGGCUGAGUUGAGGCGGCGGCUGCUGGAGGCGGAGCGGUCCGGGGAGGCGCUGGGCGCCGCCGAGACGGCGCUGCGCGGGGAGGUGGCGCGCGCCAGGGCGCUGGCGUCGGCGCUCGCCGAGGAUCGGCGGGCGAGCCAGGAGCGGCUGCGUCUGGCCGAGGCGUCCGUCGAGGCGCUGGCGGCGGAGCUGACGGCCGAGCGGGACCGGCUGUCGGAGGCCAGCGGGCGGCUGAUCGAGGAGCGCCGGCGGGCGAUGCACGAGCGCGCGGAGGCCGGGGAGGCCCUGCGCCGCUCACGGGAGGAGUGCGACGCGGCGCACGGCAGCCUCGACGUCGAGCGGGAGAAGGCCCGGGAGGCGGCGGCCCGGGCCGCCUCGCUGCGCGAGCAGCUGGAGCGCGCGUCCGGCACCGGCGGCAGGGAGCGACGGCGCGAUCGAGGGCGCCGACGAGGCACCGAGCCCGUGCGACCGCUGGCCAACGGUUGGCCGAACCGCGAGGCCGCGGCGGCGUGGGACGAGAAGGCGAGAGGUCCUCACACGCCGUCCACCAACCGGCGCCGGGACAAGAAGCGGCCGCCGGCGCCGCAGGAUCGGGUCGAAGGCCGCGAGGAGCACGCGGCGUCGCUGGCCGAGGAGGUGGUGUCGCUGCGGCGCGAGGUGGCCACGUUCCGCGCAUCGCAGGCCCGGCCGGCGCCGGCGGGCCUGCCGGAGGAGCGGCCCGUGCUGUGGCGGCGCUGCGAGGCGGCGGAGGCGCGCGUGCGUGACCUCGAGAGCGACCUCGAGGACCUGGGCCGCGAGCUGGAGUGCUACCGCCACUACAGCCGCUCCAUGCUGCGCCCGCUGCUCGGCCCGGCCGGGCGCAAGCUCGUGUCGCACGCGUCGCUCUCCGACGCCUGCGCGCAGACGGAAGCCGAGCCGGGGCCGGAGGGGCCCUCCGAGGAGGCCUCGGAGGCCGCUACGGUGGCGGCCGAAGAGGACCGGAUGACGAGGCGGCUGAUGAUGAUGACGGCGGCCGCCGAAAUGGUGGCGCGAUCCUCGCCGGCGUCAGGCGAUGGCGUCCGUGGAGCCCGGCGUGGGGCGCUCCUGGCUGCCGGCGCCGUGGCUCAGGCAGGGCGGAGGUGAAGCCGAGGCCACUGCCG